CAACAAGAGAACCCGAGUCCUGUCGCCUCACUACAAGGGCACACAGCAGCAGAGCAUUGCCACACACCACGGCAAACUCCCAGCCUACCUGACUCGCAUACCCAGGAGCCUUCCUGGGCCUGGAGCCCUCUGAGGACACUCCUCGAACCGCAGCCCCAAGCCCAAGCACACACCAUCAGCCAGACAUCCC